GCACCAGUGACUAAUGAUGCAAUCAGUGAUAUAAUUGAGAGUACCAGUCAGGAUCCAGUGUUUGAAUCGCUAUUCUCGCUGUUCAAUGUUGAUAAAGCCCAAUACAUCAGAGAAUUGGAGGAGUCAAAGGAUAUACAGAAGCAAUUAGAUAGCAAUGAACCAGUGUUUGUCACUCAUGGUGCUCAGCAACAAUGUCAAAUUAAUUCAAGUGUACCAUCUAGCUCCACUACUACUCACUUGGUGCCUUCAAUAAAUAAACAACAUCAUGUUAGAAACUUGGACUUUGCUGCCGACAACUCAUUCAGUGAACGAACUGAGAGUCUCAGUUCUCCCUCGAUCACUGCUUCAAAAAACAAACAAACAAACAAACUAAAAAGAAAAAGGAGAAGAAAUGUUGGGAAAGAUAAAUCUCAGAAGAGAUCAAAAAAAUCAGCAAGUGGUGAUGGAAAUGAAGACAGACAGCAAGAAAAUCCGGAACAAGGAUUUGUUAAAAUUAAUCGAUCAGGAAGCAUGCUGGGAAGAUGUUGUCAAGACGAUGCAACCAGUAUGAAAUUUUCAUCUCAAGAGUUAGAGAGUUCUAGUUCAAAUAUUGUAAUGCAAGAAAAUACAAACACUGUGUCACAGCUGGUGAUGCCUGAUAUGGUGACAUCAUCUCAGACGAUUGCCAAUUCCAAGUCACACUUGGUUAUGCAAGGGAGUAUUAAAACUUCAUCACAAAUGGAAACACCCAGUACAAUGACGUUGUCUCAGCACAUAGCCAGUCCAAGGCAAGUAAAUACAAACACUUCAUCACAAAUGGAAACACCCAGUACAAUGACGUUGUCUCAGCACAUAGCCAGUCCGAGGCAAGUAAAUACAAACACUUCAUCAUCAAUGGAAACAGCCUGUACGAUGGUGUUGUCUCAGCCCGUAGACAGUCUGAGGCAAGUAAUUACAAACACUUCAUCACAAAUGGAAACACCCAGUACAAUGUUGUUGUCUCAGUCCAUAGACAGUCUGAGGCAAGUAAAUACAAACACUUCAUCACAAAUGGAAACAUCCAGUACAAUGAUGUUGUCUCAGCACAUAGCCAGUCCGAGGCAAGUAAAUACAAACACUUCAUCAUCAAUGGAAACAGCCUGUACGAUGACAUCAUCACAUCCUUUCAAUUUUAAUUCAAACCUUGUCUUGCAAGGAAACACUUUAUCACAAACAUCCAGUGUGAUAGCACCAGCCCAGCAGAUAGCCAGCUCUAGACCAAAUAUGAACUCAACCCAACAUGUUGUUAUUCCUGGAAUGCACCGAACAAUCAAGCCAAUUAUGCGUUCUCAUCCUGUGAACCAAAUGUUGAGCAACUCAUUAUGCAUUCUACAGAAACCAAUAUCAGUGUCUACAUGCCCAACUAAACAGACAUGUACAAACACACCACGUACAUUACAGCCACGACCUAUAUUACGAGCACAAACUUCACAUCUAUCUUCAUUACUACCAAAGGCAACACUAAAUUCAACGUCCCAGUCAUCACAUCUUAUAAAUCCCAUCUCAUCACCAUUGCCACAACAAGUGAUUCAAAUCACAUCACCGUUACCACAGCAAAAGAGACAAUUGCCAUCAUCAUUACCACAGCAACAGGAACUAUUACCAUCACCUUUACCAAGACAACAGGAAAACUUUUCAUUGUCACAUCAGGGACCAGCUCCAUUACAAAUUUCACAGCAACAGGGACUAGUACCAUCAACAUUGCUACAGCAGAGACAUGUGCAAUCACCAUCACCACAACAAGAACAUGUGCGACCAUUGUUACCACAGCAACAGAGACAAGUGCCAUCACCUUUACCACAGCAACAGAGACAUGCAGCACCGCCAUUACCACAACAGAGACAAGCAGCAUCAGUGUUACCACAGCAACAGAGACAAGUGCCAACACCAUUACCACAGCAACAGAAACAAGUGCCAUCACCAUUACCACAGCAGCAGAAACAAUCAGCAUCACCAUUACCACAGCAACAGAGACAAGUGCCAUCACCAUUACCACAGCAACAGAAACAAGCAGCAUCACCAUUACCACAGCAACAGAGACAAAUGCCAUCACCGUUACCUCAGCAACAGAGACAAAUGUCAUCACCUUUACCUCAGCAACAGAGACAAGCAGCAUCACCAUUACCACAGCAACAGAGACAAGUAGCAUCACCAUUACCACAACAACAGAGGCAAAUGCCAUCAUCAUUACCACAGCAACAGAAACAAAUGCCAUCACCGUUACCACAGCAACAGAGAAAAAUGCCAUCACCAUUACCACAACAGAGACAAGCAGCAUCCCCAUUACCACAACAACAGAGACAAAUGCCAUCAUCAUUACCACAGCAACAGAAACAAAUGCCACCACCGUUACCACAGCAACAGAGACAAAUGCCAUCACCAUUACCACAACAGAGACAAGCAGCAUCACCAUUACCACAGCAACAGAGACAGAUGCCAUCACUAUUACCUCAGCAACAGAGACAAGUUCCAUCGCUGUUACCACAACAGAAACAA